AUGAUCCAGCAUUCUUCAGAAUAUAUGACAUUAUCACCUCAUAAUGGAGCGGAACUGCUUAUUUUUAUGUACAACAUGAAUCAAGCUUACCUCUUAUGUCAUUAUAAAAUAUCUGAUGUGGAAAUAAUGGAAUAUCCAAGUGUUCGCUCGAGGCUACUGAAUUUCAUAUGGAAAUAUAUUUUAUGA